AUGGCCAUGCUACGCUCCGCCGCCGUGCUCACCCGCGAUAACGUCGCCUUCCUGAUGGAGGGCGUGCCCAUCAUGUACCGCGAGCUGCUCUUUCCCGUGAAGAAGAACGCCGACCUGGUGUCGCAGGAUGGCAGGGUGGCGGUCAUCACUGGCGGCUCCCGAGGCAUCGGACUGGAGGCCGUCAAAACCAUGCUCAAACUCAACAUGCACCUCAUCGUUGGCUCCAGCAACCCGGACAAGGCCUCCAAGACGCUGCUGCCGCUGGCCACCGAGGCUGGCGGCCAGUGCAAGCUGGAGGUGUGGCCACUGGACCUCACCAAGCAGGAGUCGGUGCGCGCCUUCUGUCAGCGCUUCAUCGACUCGGGCCUGCCGCUACACGUGCUGCUCUGUAAUGCCGGCAUCAUGUUCUAUCCGAAACACGAGCUCACCGAGGACGGCUUCGAGAUGCAGAUGGCCGUCAACCACCUGGGACACUUCACCAUGCAGCACAUGCUGUACCCGCGGCUGCGUGAGUCGGGCACCCCCGAGCGGAAGGCGCGCAUCGUCAACGUCUCCUCCACGGCGCACAACUGCUGCAGCGGCAUGAACUUCGACGACAUCAUGCUCAGCAAAGUGUACUCGCCGAAGGGAGCGUAUUUCCAAUCCAAGGGCGCCCAGAUACUGUGCACCAAGUACCUGGCUAACAAAGCCAAGGAUUCGGAAGAUAACGUGACCUGCUGCUCGCUCCAUCCGGGGGUCAUCUACACCGACCUCUACGACUACACCACGCUCUACAAGAUGGCCUCGCCCGUGCUCAAGAAGCUGUGGAAGAGCCCUCAAGACGGCGCCGAGACGCUGCUGUACGCCUGUCUGUCGCCCGAGUCGGAGGGUGUCACCGGCGCCCACUUUGAGAACGCGGCCGUGUACCGUUCUGCGCGCUACACUGAGGACAAGCAGCAGCAGGAAAAGAUGUGGCAGCUCAGUCGUCAGCUCUGUAAGGGCUCGUGCGGGACCGGCUCGCUGCUGUGGGCGCUGCUGACUGUGGCUGCAGCGAGCAGUAGCACCGCAACCCCAGCGCCAGCGAACGCUGCCGGCACUUCCCUGCUGCUGCGGCACCUGGAUGGAGGUGCCGAACAGCGAGCACCGGUCCCUCAGGAGGGAAUCAGCCGACGGGCAGACGCUGCCCGAACCGCAGCCAGCCAGUCAAGCAUCCAGCACAACGGCACUGCGCCGAAGGCGUCUUCCAGGAUCGGUGCCGGGCUCCUGCCGUUGUCGGCGGCUGCAAAGUCCGGCCCUGCCAUCGAGGGACGAUCACUGCCGGCACAGGCCACCACCGCUCAAGAGAGGCGCGCCAACUGGCAGCCAGGUCACCCGUUCCAGGGCGUACCGCUGGAGGGAACCUACCUCGACCCAGCCCGUGAAACGACCGCAGAUGACGAGGAAGAUGACGGGAAGAUCGUCUACCGCCAGCGUCGACGCAAGGAUGGUCGACGAGGCCGAUACAACUCACGGCAAGUAAGCGAGGAUCGAUACGAGGAUCAGGAGGAAGCGCCAAGGAACCAGUACAGACGACCGAAGGCAGUACAGCAGGACGAGUACAGAGAGCCUGAGAAAGUUUCGCGGAAACGGCUUGACGCCCCUAAGGAGACUCAGCGGGACUAUUACGACGCUCCGGAGGAGGUACAGCGGGAUCGGUACAACAACUUCUAUCGGAACAGCUACUCCCGCCAGCGAGUGGAGCCCAUCACCGACAGCAGCGAGUUCUUCGGCGAGGAGGAGGGGCGUCAAGGUGGACACGGAGGUGCACGCGGUCACCGGCACGCGCUGGGAGAGAACCACGGAUACCCUCGUGACCAUGCAGCGCGUCACGUCUAUGGGGACGGACAUCGUGCCGGUGAUCCUUACAACAUCCGACCGACCGAUGAACAGGUGGAUCGUGAGCACGCCAGGGAGCAGGAGCACGACCACUACUACAGUCAACAAAGGUUCGACGACGAGUAUGAUGAUGAGCGGGAUGAGGGCCGACGCGGCAAGAGGAGGCGCCAGAAGCAGCGCCGACACAGGGGAUACGGUCGGGAGCGAGGUGGUCCCGCAGAGCGACCGAGGUACGCUGAAUACGAUCGACAGCAGGACACCGAGAAAGAUGUGAGAAACGAGGGUAGGAGGUACAAUAGAGCCCGGCAGACGGGGAGACAGCAGCCUCCUCGCCCUGAUGAGGACUACAGCGACUACCCAGCGGACUAUCCUGCAGACUAUCCGGCCGACUACCAGGAAGACUAUGACGGAGACUACUCGGACGACUACGACCGAGAUUAUACGGCCGACUACCCCGACUCAGAGGAGGCUCGCUUUCCUGUGUCGGAAGACCGUCGUCGGUACCCGCUAGAGAGACGCCGACCUGCACUCAACACUGUCACUACGCGGCGCGCCUACGCACCGGAAAACUUCACUCCGGAGAACUACACUCCAGAAAACUAUACCCCCACCCGGCGAAGUUCCUUUCGAGGGAUACCUUAUACAGCCGAGAACUACGACAGCACGACCGACAGCCGGAGAGAGCCGGCGACCGAGAUUCGUCCUGGGCGGGCGGCCGACGAAACCUUGAAAGGACCCGAGCGUCAGGAGAAAGCUGUCGUCCAUCGUAGGCGGGCCAGAUCCGUCCCUUCCCAGCAGCUAAGCGAACUGCUCAGUGUCAAUCACACUGCAGCGCUUAGGGACCUGAUCCGUGUCAUGGAGACGGCUCGCAGCUCAGAUGUGAGCUCACAGAGUCCGGUAAAGCUCGAUCAAGAAUCAGAGCCUGGGGCGGAGGAAACUGCCGUCCCAGUUAGUCGCGAUGCCGAAAAUCCUCUCGAAGAAGAGUAUCCGGAUGAACACGGGGAGCUUCCUAACGAGAUGGGAUCCGGCAUUGCGUCUAGUGUCACAUCAGGAAAAGAGUCUAGCCAUAACCAAGACGUAUCAUUCGACGAAAGCAUCGGUGCCGACCAUGAAAGUGAGAAUCAAACAGCCCAUCACAUCGACGAGACGCAAGUACGUGACUCCCGGCCCAACACAGAGACCUUCGGUGAUGACCACUGGCACUUGCAAUGGGAAAGUCUGAAGCACAACGUUCCUGCCUUCCGCCGUGGGCUGAACAGUGUAUCUAGCCCGACUUCCGUCAAACGCCAUCUAUACAGCGACACCCUUGAACAAGUGGCCAACCAUGUUGAGCGUGAUGGCCAAUCAUCCUCACCAGAUCCGGAACGAACGUUGAGCGUCUCUGCCUCGGAGCGAUCAACGCCUACACGGGCAGCUUAUUUCGACGAGCCCCUGCAGAGACAACAGCGGCAUGUGGCCUCGUCUGUCAGUGACCGCCCGGCACAGAUCGCAGUCAGCGAGCGAAGGAGCAGCGAUGCUCCCGGAGCUCUGAGGGAAAUCGAGCCAGUUCAGACCAACAAACUUCACAGCGAGUUCGAUCAGCUCGGCGGCCGCCAGCGACUGCAGCGUCUCACCGGCGCAUCAGAUGACGACGAAGGACCUGGAGGAUACCGCGAUUCGCUGGGCAGUCGUCGGCCCGGAGGCGUACCCGACGGACAUUAUGACGACGAAAACCGGUACCACGACGACGACCCAAAGAGGGACGAAAGCCGUGACCGGUACCCGAGCAAUGACCGACGCCCGGCCGAGACUCCAAACUACGACAUUAUUACACCCAACGAGCUUGCCAGUGAUGUCACAAGUUAUGAGAAGCCCCGUCGAUACCGUCGGCCUAAGGGAGACACGAAAUAUGAUGACCGUCGCCAGGAAAAUGAUGGAAGAGAUACGGGCUACCGUUCGGAUGGAGAUAAGGAGCAGAACAAUGCUCCCUACCACCAGCGUCCCCAGCACGGGCAGUUUUAUGAAGGCGGCAGACGAUAUGAGGACGAAGAAAAACAUCCCUAUAGACGUUACCCGGAAGGAGGAACACGUUAUUCCGACUCAAACAAGGCCGACAGUGGUUACCAGGAGAAUGAAGAAAAACCGUCCGCGUACCGCAGGCCUUCAGAAGAUCCCAGUUACUAUGGCGAUGAAAGAAGGCCGUCAGAAAGCCCCAGUUACUAUGGCGACGAGAGGAAGCCGACGGAUGCCACCGACUACCGCCAUGACGACAGACCACCUCAUUCCACUCGUUAUUAUGACAGUAGGAGGCCUUUAGACCACGCUUACCAUGGUGACGAAAGAAGACCGUCGAACGACAACGUCUAUCGCGGAGACGAGAGGAGGCCGUCUGAUGAUGGCCGUUACUAUAGUGACGAGCAGAGGCCAUCUGAUGAUGGUGGUUACCAUGGUGAUGAAAGGAGGCCAUCAAAGGACAGUGACUAUCGUGGAAACGAAAGAAGGCCCUCGGAUGACGGUAGUUACCAUAGUGACGAUCGAAGACCUUCUGAUGAUUCUAGUUACCAUGGUGACCAGCGGAGGCCGCCAGCUGACGCUAGUUAUCAUAGUGAUGAGCGGAGGCCGCCAGCUGAAGGUAGUUACUAUGGAGACGAGCGGAGGCCGCCAGCUGACGAUGGUUACCAUGGUGAUGAGCGGAGGCCAUCUGAAGACGACGGAGGACGACGAUACCUGCACGACGAGCCGGAAGAACGCCCCCAAUAUUACAAAGAACCUGACUCGCGCUACCCAAACUCGGCAGAGGACACCGGUGACGGAGGUUACUAUAAGACACCUCAUCCUGAAGAGGUAGAGCAGCAGCGACUCUACCGACGACCAGAGGAGCAAGGCCAAUAUUCACCUGACGGUGGCCGGGACGAGAGCGAGGACUAUCCUCAGGAUGGCAGCCAACAGUCGAGCACCCAGGAAACGGAGGAGGACUUAUACAGCGGUCCUAACCAGGGCUAUUACGACAACGGGGCACCCGGCUACUACGGUAACGACGGACCUGGCUUCACCCGUAACCAAGGCGACGAUGGACCCGUCUACAACCGUAACCCUGGAAACGAUGGACCUGGCUACAGUCGAAAUCAAGGAGAUGACAGACGAUACAACACGGAUAGAACCGGAGACAGAACGUCUCAUGGAGCGACCUCGUCACCUGUCCGUGCUAAAGUCCCCGAGCCGGACCAGAGCGAGGCAGACCGCCAGGUGAGCAGCUUCAUCAGCCAGAUGUUCAAGGAGUACGACCCGUUCCGACGCUCGGAGCAAGCCGUCUGAGGGCAAGACAAUCACUCUCUGUGAGCUCGGCUAAAGCGGCACUGACGAGCCGCACCGAUACCGACGAUGCUGACCGAUAAGUCGCGCCGCCUGCAGAUGCUGCUUGUUGACAGUGGGGCCCGCGUGGUGUCGGGGCUGUCGCCCUACGAUCGGGCAGCCGGGGGAAGGGGGGCUCGCGCUCCGACCAACAGGCGGUGAAUCCGGUGUGGGACCUAUUUGUGCAAGAGCGCUGUAUGUCAUAUGAGACAAUGUAAGGCUUGCCCGCGUGCCUCCGCAUAGGCUUUCAUCGGGAAUAUGGCAGCUAGACCCAAAGAUAUGAAAUGAUCGUUAUUGUAUCCUUGGCUGCACUGGUCAUUGGUGCACAGUGGCACUAUUUGUUUAUGGUACAUGAGUCAGUUGUUUUAUGUUGUCUGUUACACAUACCUACAUAUAUGAUAUAUACUCACAAUAGUUGAA